AUGAAUUCAACAAAAAACACAAACAGCAAAUUGCAGAAAAAUUCACAAAGUAAAUUUUUUAAUAAUAUAAAAAAUACAAAGAUCUUUAGUGCACACAGAAUUAAACAGUUAGCCAAGGACAAAAAAUUAUUAGAUGAUGCAUUGUUAGAUUGUUAUGGAAGAUUCAUAGCUUUACUACCAGAAUUUCUUUUAAAGGAUCAUGUACACUUAUAUUUUCAGAUUCAAGAAGCAUACUGGUGGUAUGAUGAUAUGUGGCAAGAUAAAUACCCAGAUAAAUUACCCAAAUUAAGCUUAAAAACAUUUGGUUAUUUAAUAUGUGACGAUUGUCCAAUUUUAAAAAAAUAUGUGCCUCCAUCAGCACACGAACAGUUUUCAUUAAAUUGGAGGAGAUAUUGUAGAACAAUCCCAUUAAGAGGUGCAAUUCUUUUAAAUCAUAAUUUAAAAAAAUGUUUAUUAGUAAAAGGAUGGAGUACCGAUAGUUGGGCAUUUCCAAGGGGUAAAGUUGAUGAAUUAGAAGAAGAUUCUGUUUGUGCUUGUAGAGAAAUUUAUGAAGAAAUAGGGAUAGAUAUAUUUCCAUAUAUAGAUGAACAAGUCUAUAUUGAAACUCAUAUUGAAGAUCAGCCGAUCAAAUUAUUUAUUAUUCCAGGUGUAAGAGAAGAUACAAAAUUUCAACCAAAAACAAGAAAAGAAAUCGGAGAUAUUCGUUGGUUUGAAAUAGAUAAAUUGAAAACAUAUCAGGAUUUAAAAGAAAAAGAUAAUUUAUUUGAAAAUAAAAGAGAACGUAUAAAUGCAUGGUUUGUUUUUCCUUUCAUUCCUAAUUUAAUAAAAUGGAUACAUAUUCUAAGAAUGUCCGUUAGCGAAAAUUCUUUAAAAGAAAAUUCAUAUGAGUCCGGUAGUAUUUUAGCAUAUAAAUACCAAAUCACUGGUAUUGAUAUGAAAGUUAUUAGAAGCCUUCAAAAUGCUGAUUACGAACCAAAAGAAAUAUUAAAAUUUAGUUCAUAUAAGAGUGAUGAUGAAAGUAUUGAAAAGUUAUCAAAAGAUAUCAACAUUAUGAAUAUAGAUGGUAUCUCUUAUAUAAAUGAUGACAAACAUAAUGAAGAUAAUAAAACAAAUGUAGAUAAAACUACGCAUAACUUGGAAAAUAUACCUAAUAAUAUUCAUAUUAAAGAAAAUAAAAAUAAUAUUUUCAGUAAUGUCUAUGGUAUUGAAAAUUCAAAUAAUAUACAUAAUAGUAUUUAUAAUAAUAUUGUUAAUAAUAUUUUUAGUAACGAUAAUAAAAAUAUUACUAAUAUGAAUAACCCCAGUAAUAAUGAAAAAGAAAUAAAAAACAUAUGCAUAAAUAGCAUUAUUAAAAAUGACAGUUAUGAAAAUAAUUAUAUAGAAAAGAAUAAUAUAAAUGUAUUUCAAAAUGGUAGUCAUUAUUAUAGCAUUCUGAAGAAUACUACUAGAAUUGAUGAUAAUAAUAAAAUAAAAAAUCUAUUGGAUAAUAAAAAUUGUAAAGGUUUAUCAGAAAGUAUGAAUAAUAAUUUUAAAGAAAAUGAAAAGGAAGAAGUAAAAAAUUUAAUGGAAAAACCACUUAUUCAGAAUAAAAAAAAAGAUGAUCAUUCAGAAAAUAUUUCUUUAAAUUUUAAUUAUUUUAGAAGAAAUGAUACAAUAGAAAAUAAUUUAAUAUAUAAUUUGUCACUAAAUAAUUUAAAUAAUAUAAAAAGUGAAAAUAAUUAUGUUAAUGACAGUAUAAAUAAUGUUAAUAAUAAUAACAAUAAAACUAAUAAUUGUAAGGGUAUUAAUAGUAGUUCUAAUGAUAUAAAAAAUUAUAAUAAAGAUAUCAUAUAUAUAAAUAAUAACGGUAAUAAUGGAUAUAAAAAUAUUAUAAAAGAUAGUAAUAAUUAUCAAUCAAAAGAAAGCAAUAAUAAUAUAAAAAAUAUUGAUAAAAAUGUAAAUUUCCUAUCUAAUGAUUUAUUUUAUACUUCAAAUAAAAAUAUAAAUAACAACAAUAAAUCGUAUUAUGGAAAUAAUAAUCAUAUGUAUAAAGCAUAUAAUACAUUUCCUAAAAAUCUUGAUAUAGAUAUAUAUGAAAAAAGGUAUAGAUACAAUUUUAAUAAAAUCAGAAUGGGGCAUUUAUCAGCUUUACGAUUAAAAGAAGUAGGUUUAAGAAGUUUUGAUGAUCAAGAUAUUGAUAAAAGAAAGAAUUUUCAAAUCCAUGUAUACGGCAAUAAAAACAAAUUAUACGAUAACAGAAAAGAUUUAUAUAGGUUUAAGAAGAAAAUAAAGAAAUAUGCAGGUUGUUCUCUGGAUGAUUCAUCAAUUUAUUACAUACCAUCAAGAAAUACAACAUUAGAUGCUUGCAAUGACAAAACAUUUGGUGAAAAUCAUUCAAAUGGAUGGAGUGCUGAAGAUAUGUUUAAAUUAAAUGAAGAAAAAUUUGGUGUUCAAUCAACAUAUAAUAUAGAAGAUUAUACCACUCCUCUAGUGUAUAAUGAAGAAAAUAUAAAUAAAUUUAAUAAAAAUGGAUUAAUUAGAAAUACUUAUAACUUAAGUAAAAAUAUGAAUAAUUUUUCUAAUAAAACAAUUAACAGUUGUAGUAAUAAUGAAGAAAAAAAUUAUAUAUGUUCAAAAACUGAUAACUAUUCCCAUAGUAACGAUAUAGAUAAUUUGCUAUAUUAUACAAAUAACAUGCCAUCGAAAAAUAAUAUAUCAAAUAUGAAUAAAGCAAAUUCUAAUAAUAAAAAAAGUAGUAAUGAAUUUAACUCUUCUAAAAAUGAUUUUGAAAGUACAAACAAAAGCAUUAAUGAAUGUAAUAAUUUUAUUAUAAGCACUGUAAUGAAAAAUCAACAUACUAAUUUCAUUAACACAAAUAAUAAAGUUACUGAAGAUAAAAAAGAUAAUGCAACUAAUAAUAUAAAUACUAAAAAUGAUAAUAAUAAUAAUAAUAAUAAUAAAUUGAAUCGUAUUAAUAAUAAUAAAAGUAUUAAUAUUAAUUUCAGCACAAUAAAUAAUAAUAAUAUUAAUAAUAACUAUGAGAAUAAUAUUUAUCAUAGUAAUAAUAAGACAAAUAGUAAUACUAAUAAUUUGAGUAGUUAUAAUGCAAAGGAAAAUAAGAACACAAGUAUCAUAAAUAGUAACAAUAAUAAGUUCAUUUUACAAAAUAAUAAUAAUAAUAAUGUUUGUAAUAGUUUUGAUAGAAAAGACAAAGAAUUAGAAAAAAAUACGAGUUUUGCUAAAAAGUUGGUUAGAUAUGAUAUAACUGAUAGUACUGAUCAAAAAGUUAAAAAUAAAAUUAGUACAAAUAGUGUUUCAAAAAAUAAAGAAAAUAAAGAUGAUAAAAUAAAAAGUUUAUUGAAGUUAAAUUAUCAAAACAAUAGCUAUUAUAAUAUAAAUUCUACCUUAAUGAAAAAAGAUAAAAUAAUAACUCAAAAAAAUAAAUAUGAAAAUAAAAAUAAUGUAACUCUAAUUGCUGAAAACAGUAAAAAAUUAAAUAAUGAAUUAUACAUAAAUAAUUAUCAAAAUAUACAUAAUGGCUUAUUAAUUAGUGAUAUUGAAAAAAAUAAUUUAAAAAAAAAGUGUGCAAAAAUGAAUGAAACUUCAACAAAAAAAUGGGACAAUUUUAAUUUAGAGAAUGAAAAUAUAUCAGAAAAAAAAGAAAAAAGAGAUGAAAAAUUGGAAAUAAACACAUCAGGAAAAUAUUUAUUGGGAUUAAUUAAGGGGACAAAUAAAAAUGAAAUAGCAAAAGAAAAUACAUUAAAUAAUUCAAAUUAUAUUAACAAGAAUAUGAUAUUGGAUAAAAAUGCAAAGUGUUAUAGUGAAAAAGAAAUAUUAAGUAAAUAUUAUAAUACUGUACAAGAAAUUUCAAAAAAAAAGAAUAAUUCUAUAAAUAAUGAUAAAAAAAAUUUAAAUCAUAAUAUCCAUUUUAUUAAGAAUAAUUAUAAUAAUAAUAAUAUUGGUAGUAACAAUAAUAGAAAAAAAAUAGAAAAUAAUAAAAAUGAAAAUGAUGAAAAUAAAGCUAAUGAAUGUAAUAAUGAAGGUAUUAUGAAUAAUGAAUAUUUUAAUGAAAGUGCUAUGCUAGAAAAAUUAUCAAAACACCUCAAUAGUUAUAAUCCAUUUGAAUAA